GGGUCGAGGCCACCUUUGCCUACGGCGUCUGCUGCACGGCGCUCGGCGAAACCGACCUCGACACCGCGCGCGCGAUGGCGUUCAGACCAGUCGAGAUUAGGCCCCCAGGCAAAAGUCGCACCGCCGUCCUCGCCGCCAUCAGCAGGGACUACGACCCCGUUUCCAAGGCGACGCGCGAACCAGUGCGCACGCUGUGCGGGGCCGUCUGGGAGCGGUGGUUCCCCAGACAGGCUUUGGACAAGGCCUUCGCGGCGGCCUCGGCAGCGUCGGACAGCUGGGCCGACUGCCGCGGCCCCGAGGAGGCCGCUCGACUGUCCAUGCGCCGCGUGGGAUGGGAGGCGACCUCGCUCGAUGCAUGGAUCACACACGACGGCUUUCGCUACAGCGUCAGCGACGCCAGCCCGUGGCUCACCAGGAAGCUGCUCGGCCGCAGCUGCGAGCAUUGGCAGGCCAAGCAGCCCGGCAAGCACGACGCCUCCUGGCUCGACGUCGGCAUCAACUUCGGCCAGCUUCGGCAGUGGGCGGCCAGCGCCCGCGGCACCUCCCACGAAGCACGGAGCUGGCCCAGCCGCAGCAGCGAGCAGCGCGGCCACCUCGGGUCCUGCAUCGUCGGCGGUCAGUGGACCAACGCCAGAGAGUACGGCAACAACCCGAGGUGCGCCCCCUCGGACACCUGCGAGCUCUGCCCCAAUCCCGUUGGAGACCUCUGGCACAGGCACCUCUGCUGCAGCGCCAUCCCGAACCACGGCCUCGGCCCCCCGAGCGAGAUCGCCCUGCUGCAGCCGCAGAAGGACAACGCGGUUGUCAAGUUCCUUGUCGUGCGCGUCCUGUCUCUUACCCAGCCGCUCCAGUGGGGGCCCCCCAUCGGCGGCUUCCUCGACCACCUCCGCUGGUGUCGCGGUGAGCCAGGCGAGCUUUUCGUCGGCCAGCCACUGCGCUGCGACGGCCCAUUGUGCGAUGCGCUGCUGGCCGAGGGCCGCGGUGCGCAGGCCGCGGGAGCGGUCUUCGAGCUACCUCCAGGCCCCGAGGGGGUCGAUCCAUGCGUUGGCAGCCGCGCCAAGGGCGCGGAGCUGAUGGCGGUGCUCAUCGCCCUGCGGCAUGCCCCCCCCCCUAUCGAGCUGCGCUGCGACGCCGGCUACGUCGUCGACGGCGUCGACCGGCGGGGCGAGGCCCGCGCGACGCUGGCGUCCUCAGCGCGGGGGCAUCUCUUGCGGCAGGUGCGGCAGGCGCUCCGCGACUUCGGUGGCGUAGGCCCAGCGGGGCUCACGAUCGUCAAGAUCAAGGGCCACGCCACCGCCGCCCAUGUCACCCGCGGCAUCAUCACGCGGAAGCAGCGCCGUGGCAACUACGAGGCCGACCAGGUCUUCGUCGACGGCGGCGCGCGCUCGGCGGCCACGGCUGGCGCUCCAGCGGGGCCGACAG